AUGGCUUCUGAACCUGUUGCGAAUGGCAACACUGCCACCACCGACAACGGCUUGACUCCCGCCGAGAAGCUCAUGAAGAUGCACGCCGAGGACCAUCAUGCCUACGUCGAAGAAGUUCCGGACGUCGAUGCAGCCGGCGUCAACCCGACCGCCGCUCCGUCCCUGCCUGUCACCACGGCUCCCUCCCCCGAUCCCGCCUCCAUGUCUGCCAAAGCCGCGGGCAAGCAGCCGAUGCGCGAAGAGCAAAGCACGGCGGGCGCGCCCAAGUCCCGCUUGGAUACCGCUUCCGAGGAAGCCUUCCCGGCUCUUGGUGGGCCCAAGACGCAGGCUGCCGCUUCCGCCCCGACUCCCUGGUCCAAGAAGCCCGCUGCCGUCGGCAAAGCUGCGAACGGUGCCAACGGACUCGCCAACAACCAAGCUCCCUCCAACAAGUCUUCCCGCACCGGCACUGCUCAGUCUGGCAUGAUGAUGUCCAGCACUCCCGCUCCUGCUUCUGGCGGCAGCAUGCAGCUCCCUGGUCGUCACAAGGAGGCUGUGACUCUGCCUCGCCAGAUGAUGACACCUGCCAACCAGUUGAAGAAGCCCAUCGCCGAGAUUCUCCGCGACAUCAGCAAGCGCUCCAAGGCCACCAUCACCCACCGCGAAGGCACUUCUGGUUUGAUCCUCGAAGGCACUGGUCCUACCGAUGCCGUCCGUGUCGCUCUCAAGGAGGCUGCAAAUCAAUUGUGCCAGGACCAGAAGAUUAGAGUGCCCAUCCCAUCUUCCAUCCGCGGCAGGAUUGUAGGCAAGCAGGGCGCAACCAUUCAAGCCAUCUCCAAGCGUACCGGUGCCAAGAUCAACAUCUCCAAGCAAGAGGCGGCAGCUAUACUUGAGGAAGACGAGGACUCUACAAUCGACGUGCAGAUCGAGGGUGAUCCUUUCGCGGUGCAAAUGGCAAAGCAGGACAUUGAACGCAUCGUCGCAGAGCAUACAUCCACCGUCAACUCUAAGCUCAAGCACGUUCCAGCCGAGUACUACCCAUUUCUGGCAGCACAACAGAAUGCUCGCAUGUCCGCUCUGCGCCAACAGCAUGGCCAGAACCUCAAGAUGCAGAUCCCACAAUACCACACCUGGAGCCGCCAAGCUCCUCCAGAGGCACCUGCCAACCGCCAGCCAAUCUCCUUCGCGCCACAAGCGGAUCUGCCUAUCCACGUCUCUGGUGAUCGUGAGGCUGUCGCUCAGGCUCGUGCUGAGAUCGAUCGCCAGAUUCAGGAGCUGCAGCGUCAGCUCACACUUGAGCAGAUGGCAAUGGAGCGCAACAGGCAUCAAUUCAUCGUCGGUGAUAUGGGUUCGUCCCUUCAAGACUUCAUGGCCGAGACUGGCUGCUCCGUCAUCCUACCUCCUGACCAUGACGAUUCUGAGAUGAUCACCAUUGUUGGCCCUGCCGACAGAAUUCAAGAGGCCACCGACAAGAUCUACGACCUGGCCUCGCAGAUGCAGAGCGCAAAUGCAGAUAUUGCGAAACAAUUCGCAAGCGCUCCGCGUGGCGCACAAGCGCAUGUGCGCGACAUGACCCGCUACUUGCAUCAGCGCCAGGCUCUGGCCGAGCUCGAGCGCACACACAAUGCACGCAUCGUGCCAGACAGCACCGGCAACUGGCAGAUCUAUGCUCCUGAUCAGAAGACUGCCAUGAAGGCACGCACCGAUGUGAUGAACCUUGUCAGCGGCCAUCCUCCUACUCGCUUCCAGCCAGUCGAUGUCGACCCGUUCUACCACAGCCACUUGCGCGAGCAGGCAGCGAGUCACAUCCGCGAGACCCAUGGUGUACGCCUCGUUGUACCGGACGAGCAUGGCGAGCCCGUACUGCUAGUCUUCGAGGGCCGCGAGCCUCAGCCAGAAUAUCAACUGCCUCGAAAACAGCCCACCUCGCAGGAAGUUCAGGCCUUCCAGCAGGCGUUGCAGGAGGCUCAGCAAUACAUACUCAACCUCAUGAACGGCCAUUCGGAGAUUGUAGACAAGGAUGUCGAAGCGCCAAUUAAGUUUCACGACAAGAUUAGGCGACAUGUUGACAAGCACCACCAAGGCUUGCCAGAUGGGCAAAUUCCAGUCCAGGUCAACUAUGGUGGACAGAGACAGCCAGGCCAGCAGCGCUCAGCACAAGCGCCAAACGUGAAUUUACGUGGUCCCCAGGAUUUUGUGGACGCCUUGAAUGACAGCUUGCUUGCAUUCAUCCAACAAGAGCACCAGGACGAGCUUGAGCGCGGCUUCACGUUGAGCUUCGACUUCCCACAAAAGCAUGCCAACCACCUCAUCGGCCAACGCGGCUCCAACAUCAACCGUCUGCGCGAGGAGUUCGACGUCGAUAUCCAGCUUGACGACGGCAAGUGCACGCUCAAGGGCCCAGAGGCCAAAGCCAAUGCUUGCAAGAAGCACAUCCUGGAAUGGGUGAAGAAGCUUGAGGAUGAGGCGAAUCAUCAACUCAACAUUCCUCAACAGUACCACCGAGAGCUCAUCGGUGCUGGUGGUGCACAGAUUCGCCGUCUACAAGAGCGAUACGGCGUGCGCAUCGACUUCCCACGAACGAACAAGAAUGACGACGAUGCAUCCGAGGUGGCCGAUAAGCGUAGCCAGCAGCAGCCGAACGUGGUCGUUGUCAAGGGCCCAAGCAGAGGGGCAGAUCAAUGCCGCGACGAGCUACUCAGCUUGCUUGAGUAUCUGCGUGCCAACUCGCAUAACGACACGGUGUCCGUCGCUCAAGGUCAACUACCGUCCCUCAUUGGCUCUGGUGGCAAAGAGAUGGAGAGUCUGCGCCUCGAGACUGGUGCAUCGAUCGAUGUGCCAAACUCCCGAGAUGCUGCUGGGCCGAAUGGCCGCGUUGAAAUCAAGCUCAAGGGCUCGAAGAAGGCUGUCGAGGAUGCGAAGAAGAUUAUUUUGGCUAGGUCUAAAGAGUUUGAUGACUCCAUCACACGUAAUCUUGACAUUGAGAGGCGGCAUCACCGCAUCAUUAUUGGUCGUGAAGGUGCCACGCUCCGUCAAAUCGUGACACAAGCAGGUGGGCCAGAAGAGCCUCGCCAAUACAACCGCAUGAUCCGCUUCCCCAAGACCGAAGCAGAAGGCAACAACAUUCGCGUCGAAGGUCAGCGCGCCAUCGUCGAGCAGAUCUGCUCCGCUAUCGAGGCGCUGGUCAAGCAGCAAGAGUCGCAGAAGAACGACACACUCGAUGUGCCAACUGACAAGCAUCGAGUUUUGAUAGGCAAGGGUGGUGAGGCUCGACGACAGCUCGAGCAGAAGUUCAAGGUUCAGAUCAACAUACCACGGCAAGGCGAGUCAGGUCCUGUCCGCAUCGCUGGACAGCCUGAGGAUGUCGAGCAAGCAAAGGCACAUAUCCUCGAGAUCACAAAAGAUCAGGAAGGCGAGACUGUGCAAAUACCACGAGGCUGCCAUCACAGUAUCGCGAAUAAUGGACAAUUCUUCCGCAACUUGAGGAACAACCAUCAAGUCACGGUCGACCAUGCCGGUCAACGACCACCACCCAAGCCAGCAGCGCCUACCCCGAACCGUGCAGCUGGUGGCGCCGCACCACUAAUCACCGACGACCCGAGCGAGAACGCAGACAACCACCACUGGGAAACACACGACCUGCACGGCUCAAACGAAGACGGCGAAAUCCCCUGGGUCCUCAGCGGCCCCUCCCCCGAAGCCCUCACAGCCGCCCGUACAAAGCUAGAGAAAGCGCUCGCCGACGCCCAAAAGCAGGAUACAAUGGGCUUUCUCAUCCUGCCCGACCCGCGCGCCCACCGCCAUAUUAUUGGACAAGGCGGGAGCGUGAUUAAUCGGAUCCGGAAGCAGAGUGGGGCUAAUAUUCAGGUUCCCAAGGAUCAGACGCAGGGGGAGGCGAUUCAGAUUAUGGGGGAUAAGGAGGGGGUGGAGGCUGCUAGGCAGGCGAUUUUGGAAGUGCUCGCGAAUGCUUCGUAA